AUGAAUAGCAUAAAAGUGUUGCUCGUUUUUAUUGAACUGUCGGUAUUAUUUGGAAGAGGAAAUUUGGCCCAAGAUCCCGUGGAAGGACCACCAUUGGGACCGGGUCACUGUCCCCCCGCUUACGUGUGGGAAGCGAGCAAGGGGCCCGAUGGUGUCAUAAAUGUGUGCAAUUUCGUGAAAACCAAAUGUCGGGUCGGCGCAAACGAAAAAAUGACGGAUGAACCAAGUCCCUUCUGCAUAAUAGAAAUUCCGUAUCCGGGAGAUAAACGUGACUACACAUGCAACACACGUGAGUUGACGCAAGCUUUUCCUGCCGGCGACGACCGCGACCCGACAGGUGUCGAAUACGCCAAUGCAAACUGGGGUGUGGAUGUGUGUAAACCCGCAACCAAUGAAAAACAAAAGAGUGCAACAAAUGGUGCUGGAGGGGGAAGAAGUGAGAGUAAAAACGAUAAAGCGGAAAGUGGUAAAGUUCAAAGCGGAUCUGGUGGGAAAGGAAAGGAAGAGGAAAAAGAAAGAGAAGGAGAAAAUGGAAAUGGAAAGGGAAAGGGAAAAGAUGGAGAAGAGGCUCAAGUUGGUAAAAAAGGAACCACAAAUGCAUCAAAUGAGGCACCCGGUCCCACGGAGUCACCGCGACCUGCACCGGUCACCAACACAUGCCACUUUUCUUCAAAUGCUGGUAAAGCAAUGUUUCUCAUCCCUUUUUUUCUUUUAGCGUAA